GUGCCACAGGGCCGGUAGGGCACGGACGCCCGUCCCGGUGUGCAGCAGCGCCCAGACAUGGUCGGGACUUCCCAGGCUGAGCCUGCGAGUGGCAGGCCCAGAAAUUCCCAUGCGUGCCUUCGGCUUCGGCUCUGCCCUCACAGCUCCCUGGGGCUCUGGGUGCACCUGAGUGCAUCGGUUCUGGGAAAUGACAUCAUGGCGGGGAAUGUGGAGUGCAUGGCCUGCGGCCAGGGCACAGCACGAGGCAACAGCGGGAGGCAGGGCUUUGGGCUGCAGCUGGACCUGGGGUCAGCCUGAGGGACAUGGCUGGACUCCUGCAGCACUGGAAGCAGGGCCAUUCCUGCAGCGGUGCCCGCGGGGAGGAUGGCGGCACCAUACGCGGUGUCCUCGAGGCUGUGAUGGCAGUGCUGGGUUGGCGCAGACCCUGAAAGUCCCCCCCACAGCACGUGCUGCAAACCUGCAUAUGGGGAAGUGUCCAGAGAACUUAAGGGAUGGGAACUUCCUCGGGGAUUGCUGUGGGACGGAGGGAAGGGAGCCGGGGCGGUGGGAAGGCUCAGAGCCCUGCUGCUCUUUUGCCUCUUCCCGUAUCGGGUUGCUGUGUUUCUGGGAACUCUAUGCAGAUACCAGAGCCUGUGGGGAACGCUGAGGGGCUCUCAGGACUUUUUAAAAGUGAAGUGAAACCUCACACUUCUGCCUGAGGAAGAAGCUGUUGGGGCCAGAACAAAGAUCCCUCUGCUUCCCAUGGCAGAUUCCUGCCUGCGGCCGCACCUCCUUCACCCAGAAAGAAGCUGGAGGCAGCUGCAUGCUGACAUCCACCCGUAGCUCGGCCGUGCCGGGCCGGUCGCACCGUGCGGGGGGACGGCGGGAAGCGCCCCGGCCCCGCACAGCUCUCGGCUACGCUCCGCGGCCCGGGAAAGUCCCGGGGCGGCGGGGGCUGCCGGUGGGGACUUCGUCGCAGGAGUGCAAGCCCGGUGACUGCAGGAUGGGCGGCCCCUGCGGCCCCUUCCUGGGCGGAAACGGGUCGAGCCGUUAAUAUCGGCUGCCCGGCCCCGCACGGCUCGGUUGGACUCGGGACGGGACGGGCGGCGCAGCUCGGAUCGGACCGGAUGGGCGCGGCUCGGGCCAUGGGGCGGCUCGGGCUGCUGGGGCUCCUCUGCGCGCUGCUCCUGGGCUGCGGGCAGCCUGGUGAUGCUGUGAAUUGCUCUGACAAGCAGUAUGAGCACAAGGGCAAAUGCUGCAACCGAUGCCAGCCAGGGAAGAAGUUGGCCUCUGAAUGCAACGACACAGAAAGCUCUGUCUGCACACCCUGUGACAACGGUCACUACCAGCAGAGCUGGACUAAAGAGAAGCACUGCAUGCCCCAUGACAUCUGUGAGGAGAAUGCUGGCCUCGUCGUGAAGAGACAUGGAAAUGCAACGCACAACACUGUGUGUCAGUGCCGGGCUGGCAUGCACUGCUCUGAUGCCAGCUGCCAGACCUGCGUGGAGAAUGAGCCCUGCAAGCAGGGCUUUGGCUUUGUGGCAGCCGUGGCUGAAGCCCGGAUGAUCUCACCAUGUGAGCCCUGUGAAGAAGGCACCUUCUCCAAUGUAUCUUCCAAAACUGAGCCGUGCCACUUCUGGACAAGCUGUGAGGAAAAGGGGCUCGUGGUGAAGGUGAAGGGGACGAACACUUCAGAUGUGAUCUGUGAGUCGAGCCGGCGCUCAUCGCUGUCGGUGCUGAUCCCCAUCACAGCUGUGGUUGUCACCUGCCUGGUGGGCAUCUGCAUCUACUGCCUGGUGCACACAGACCUCAGGCGCCGUGGAACGAGGCAGAUUGAGACCGAGGUGCCCAGAGAGCUGGAGACGCAGCAGCCGGAGGAGGUGGACUUCCCGGUGCAGGAGACCCUGCUGGAAGGGCAGCCCGUAGCGCAGGAGGACGGCAAGGAGAGCCGCAUCGCAGAGCAGGAGCAGCUGUGAGAGUGCGGGAGCUGCCCCCGACAGGAGCAGCGGGCAGGGCCAGCACUGACCCCCCUGCAGUCGGGGCGGGAGGUGAGCAUCGGCCCCAGCGCGGCGAUGCCACGGGGCACAGCCGCCCGCACGUGGGCAGCGCAGCCGGGCCGGGCACCCAGCGGCGUGCUGCGGAGGAGCCGGGCAGGGCCACAGGUGGGCAGAGCCCGUGGCGGGACCGAGGCGGAGCCCGACGGGAUGCCACGCAGGAGCCGACCUGAAGAGCAGCUCUGCCCGGGGGACCCUCGGAGGCCCCACGCCACGGCGGGACCCGGCGGCUCGGUGUCAGGGCGUGACGGUGCCGGCCCGGCGGGGACGGGAUGCGUGGAGACAACAAACCAACCCAAAAAUCCCAGUCCCCGACCCACGCGUGUCCGGAGCGCGGUUCUGCGCGAGGCGGUGCGCGGCCGUUUCGGCGCCAGCAGGGGGCGCUGCGGGGCCGCCGGCGGCGCGGAGCGGGCGGAGCGCUCCCGCACAGCCCCGCGCGGGGGGCGGAAGGGUCACGGCCGAGUGCGGCGCCCUGCGGCGGCCCCGCGCCCCGUGUCCCGUAGCGAGCGCGAGGCGAAGGCUCUGCCGGGGGCGGCCCGGCUCGGCACCGCUCCCUUCGGCCGCCCCCGGCCCCGCCCGGCCCCGCGUCGUUCGUCCCCGCAGCGCUCUGCGCCGCAUGCGGCCCCCACCGCCCGGCCCGAGCUGCGAUGCUGCCGGCUGCUGACAUUUCCGCGGUUAUUGCUCCUCUCCGAGCUCUGCCAUCACCGUUACAGUGGGAACAAUUACACUCAAUUAUUCUCCACCACACCGUUGACAAAAAAAGAUGGCAUUUAAACUUUAA